AUGUCCGCCAAUCCUCCAGCUAGCGCCGUGAACACGAUCCUUCAACUUAUGCUGGCAAACGAAGUUUCACUCUGGGAUCUCACGAAAAUGGUGUUGUCAACACCACGGCCGAACUAUCAACCAAUAAAGGACUCACUUCGGCAGCAUGCGGUUGAGAUUUGCUGUCUGCUCUUCUCGUCGGUUGGAUGUCGUGAGAUCGUGUUUAGCUGGGCUUUUGAAAUAGUUGUCGAGGUUCUGUGUGAAGAAAUAGUUGAUCUAUCGAGCGAGUGCAACGGCCUGCACUUCAAAGCGUCAAAAACGACGUCUACACAACUUGAAGAUUCGUUUAUGCGCACACUUGCGCUAAAAAUCAAAAAAGUCGCACCAAAUGACGAGGAGAUGGACCUUGGUGAAUUUGGGGGGGACGACUCUGCCGUGAUUAACGAGUCAGAUUCCAACAAAAGGAGGCACGAGAAUGACGAAGGGAAAGCACGGAAACGGCAACGACGAGCUGGAGAAAGGAAUGCAGCACUAAUGAUAAUAAAAACAGUGAUCUGCGCGUGCAUCUUUGCGCAGAACUCAAACGAGCGCUGCAACACACUGCAGUGCAUCUUCGGCAUCUUUCUGCACUCAUCUGGCGUACCGCAGAGAGUUAUAGAUGUACUUGCACAUGCUGGCUUCUCUAUCAGCACGCAAUCCAUUACGACAGCCGUAAAAUCCCUGUCAAAAGAAGCGGGCGUUCAAAUCAAACGAGCAGUGCAGACACUGACAACAGCACUUGCCUAUGACAACUUCGACAUCGAUUUUAAGACCGCACAGCCAACAAUCGAGCAUCAAUCCCAAUUCGUCAGUUCAACUUCUGCAACCGCAAUACCAUUGUAUGGUGUUGAUGACCCCGCUGUCCUUCGCUGCUCGCAGGAGAUA